AUGCAAAGAGUUCCUUACACUAGUGUUGUAGGGAGCAUGAAGUACAUUAUGGUCUGCACAUGCCCAGAUCUAUGCCAUGGAGUAAGUGUGGUGAGCAGGUAUAUGGGAAAUCCAUGGAGAGGGCAUUGGGAGGUUGUUAAAUGGAUGAUGAGAUUUAUAAAGGGGACAUCUAACAUUGGGUUACUCUAUGGUUUAAGUUCAAACAGACAAGAAGUACAUGGUUAUGUCGAUUCAGAUUAUGCAAGGGAUGUGGACACUAGGAGAUCUCAAAUUGGUUUUGUGUUUCAGAUUAAUAACUACACCAUCAGCUGGAAAGCAAAUCUACGGUCAAUUGUAACUUUGUCCACAACCGAAGCCGAAUAUAUAGCUUGUACAGAAGUUGUCAAGGAAGCUUUAUGGUUAAAAGGCUUAACAAGGGCACUUGAAGGGAAGAUUAAGCUGGAAAAGGUAUCAACCGAAGAGAACCCUUCUGCUAUGCUCACCAAAGCAUUACCAAUAGCAAAGUUCAGACAUUGUCUGAAUUUGCUCAUGGCCACCGUUGAAUGA